AUGCUGGGCGGUGUGCCGGCGACCGCUGGUUCUGACUCUCGGGCCUCGCAGCUCCGCUCUGCCGCCACCACACACCCGAAGCCGACCCUCGCGCUCCGGCGGCGCAUGCGCCCGGGCGGCGGCGGGCGGGGGAGCGGGGAGGAGGGGCGAGCGGGACCCGGGCGGCAGCGACUACGACGGAGCUGGCGCUGUGGCAGCCGGACGCUUCCCACCGCGGCCGACGCGGAGAGGGAAGGCGUGGGGCGUCAAGGCGCGCCGGUGCCCAGGGAGGGUCACCCGGGCAGCUACCCUGGGAGAGCCCGAGAGGGCACUGCUGUGCUGCAAGGACCGGUGGGGGGGGGGGGUGUCCGCGGCGCCUUUUAUUUCCCCGCAGGCGCCCGCUCUCGGACAGGCGCGGCUGCCAUUUUGUGGCGCGGCCGCCAUUUCGCGGAGCCAAGGGGGCAGGGCGGCGGGGGAGGGGCGCGCGCCGCCGCGGCCUGCGGGCUUGGGGGGCGGGGCGGGCGGGCGGGGCUGGCGGAGGCGCCGGGGCAGCCCCCGAGCCGCGAAGGCGAGCGCGUCCCCUUUGUUCUUCGCCUCGGCUCUCGGGCGCCGCCGCCCCGGAGCCGCGCUGAGUGCUCGCGGCGUGUGCCCCCGACCGGCGGCCGAGGGCCGUGCGCACAGUCCCAAAUCCCUUCUGGCCUCCGAGCCUGUCCAAGUCGGCGCUCGUCACCCCCACCCCCGCUCUGGGAAAGGAGUGCAUUUUAUUUGGCCGUGCCCCCGAACGCCACCGUGGGAAGCCGUAUUCGCCCUGAGAAUGAAGGCGCUUUCUGCGAGCCUCGCGCGGGAGGGGGGCGGACGGGCUUGGACGGGCUUGGACGCCGCUACCUGGAGCCGCAGAGGCGCCCUGCAAAUAGCAAAAUGCCGAGUUUCGAGCGCUGGGAGACCCGACCGAGGUGCCGAGCACCGGCGUAACCGAGAGGUCGGGCUCUUUAAAAAAAAAAAAGAAAGAAAAAAA